CGAUGGACAUUUAUUAGAUAUUGUUGAUAAUAGGUGGCGCGAGGAAGAAUUGCCAUUCGAUCAGAUACUUGUACCGGCUGAUAAAUUACCUGAUCCCGAGGCUGAUGGUGGUGAUUCCCAUUUAACCUUAAGUGAACAGGAACAAAAAUGGACUGAUUUAGCAUUGGGUUCAUUAGCACCUGAAUCAUCACUAAAUGAUCAACUAAAUUUAACAACAUUUUAAAUAUUAUUGAAGAACAAAGUAAAACAAAUUUUUGCUUUCUAAUUAUUGGAAUAGUUUAACUUAUCCCAAAAAUAAAAAUAUAAUAAACAAAAUCAAACACUGACAAUAUGAGUGCAAAUCAAAAUCUUCAUUCGAUGACCAAACUCACAGAGUUUGCUCGUGAUUUUGAAGAAGAGCCAGAAACAUUAUUUGGUCGUUUUGUUAAUAAAAUACAAAAUGCUUACAAUCAAUCAUACAAUACGGUAAAUGAUUUAUCCAGUGUCAAUCCCCCUCAAUCGCCCACAUCUUCCGCUUCUCCUAAUACAACAAAGUCAGUAUUUUAUGCCGACGUAAAUGCCCAACCAGAUAAUUCAACGAUAACUCGAGAUAGUUCAUCAUCUAGUAUUAAUUCAAAUGCUGUGUAUCAAACUAAAAGCCAUAGCGCUGUUGGCGAAAGUUCAUCUAAUACGGCAGAUGAUAGUAGUUCGGUGGGAAAGUGUGAUACCUUACCCAUGGAAGGACAUGAGGGUCGAACUAUGGUUAAUGUUUUAAAACGCAUGAGAUCUAUGAUGGCUUCUAAAAAUAAUGAUUUGCGUAACUAUAAAGACACCGAUUUGCAUAGAUUCUGGAUGCCAGAUUCUAAAGCCAAAGAAUGUUAUGAUUGCACACAAAAGUUUUCAACAUUUCGACGCAAACAUCAUUGUCGCCUAUGCGGUCAAAUAUUUUGCUCAAAAUGCUGCAAUCAGGUGGUACCGGGAAAGAUUAUAAUGUGCUCUGGAGAAUUAAAGGUUUGCAACUAUUGUUCAAAAAUUGUUCUCAGCUAUCUACGUUCACCCAACAUAACGAAAGAUUUAAAUUCUGAUUUACAAGCUUUACAACAAGAUCUAACAAGUAAAUUGGAAACAAAUAACGAUGUUGAGCCGGCAAAUUUAAUAGCGGAACCAACACGUUCACAAUUAGAACGUAAAGUUUCCGUGGGCUAUCAAGAGGAACGUUUUGCUGCCCAUCAACCUUCCAUUAGUUUGACAAUGGAUGAUCGUAAAAACAUACUGCAACAAUCAAACUCGCUGAUUACACUACACGAAGAAAUGCGCAAAGUCUUACCAGCACAAAACUGUGGAGUAGAACUGAUUGAGUUCCUCAAUACUAAUCACAAGUCUUCAAACAAAGUACAAGCUGUCGCAAUUUUGAAUGCUAUGUUAGAUGCUGGCUUUAUACAACCGAUUGUCACUGAUUCAGAGGAGACAGAAUUCGAUGAAAAUUUACAUUAUCGUUUUGUCAGCGUGCUACCAAGACAAGCUUUAGAAGCCAUAAAUUUCAUGGAAAUAAAUCCAACUGAAGAAACUCUUAGUCCGCAGUUUGAGCAAUUUGGCAUUGAACCACAUCCACCUAAAUCUCUUGAUUCUUCCUUUAAUCUUAAAUCAACGCGUGAUGUAGAAUUAGACAAUUCUAUGCACACUACGACCUCAAAACUGCUAGAAUCAUACUGUGAUCAUGAGGAGCAAUUGCUAACACAAAUGCUAAGGACCUUUCAGUUGGAUUUACAAUGGGCUAAGGUUCUAAAUCCUUUGUGUUGUCGUGCGGCAAAUCAUUUCAAACCGGAAUACUGCACUAAUGAGUUAAUGGAUAUAAGAAACUAUGUAAAUUUCAAGAAGGUGCCUGGUGGCAAGCGUUUGGAGUGCACCAUUGUAGGCGGUGUGGUAUUUUCGAAGAACGUGGCUCACAAGGACAUGGCAACGAGAGUGGAACAGCCGCAAAUAUUGCUAUUACAAUGCCCCAUUGUUUACGAGCGCAUUGAGGGUAAAUUUGUAAGUAUAUCGACUGUUUUAUUGCAAGAGAAGGAGUACUUGAGAAACGUUUGUGCGCGUAUAAUGAGCUUCAAACCCAAUGUUGUGUUGGUGCAUAAAAACGUUGCCGGUGUAGCCCAGGAUAUAUUGAGAUCAAAUGGCAUUACCUUAGUUUUGGAUGUUAAACUUUCAGUUAUGGAUCGUUUGGCACGCACUUUGCAAUGUGAUGUUCUCACCAGCAUUGAAGGUAACAUUUCCCAACCAAAGCUGGGUAAAUGUGAUGCAUUCUAUAUACGCAACUAUAAUGAUGGCAUGGGCGCAACAAAGACAUUGAUGUUCUUUGAGAAAUUACAAAGUCCCAGGGGUUUCACUUGCCUUUUGAGAGGUGGCUCCAAUAAAGAGUUGGCUAAAGUCAAAAAAGUUGCCUCAUUUUUGGUAUAUGCACGUUAUAAUUGGCGUUUAGAAAUGUCAUUUCUGCUGGAUGAGUUUGCUGAACCUCUUACACCCAAACCACCCAUAUUUGAUUCCAAAGAAACAAGUCCUGCUGAUGAAAAUGCCAAUAUAAAUGAAUCCAAUAUCGAUAUAAUUCAACAGAACAAUGAUGAAGACGAAGAAGUACCACAAUUACGUUCGGCCAUUACAACGUCUUCCAAUAAACCACGUCCAGUUGUAGCUGAACGCAAAUCCGAAGAGAAAAUUCUAACCACUGCCACCGAUGUAUCGGCAGAUUUCACGGAUCCUCUACGUUCUGCUGAAUCUAAAAUUUCACCCGACAAUUCACAUAAUCUUCAAUUGGCCGUCGAACAUCGUUACGAUAAUCGUUUUCGUAGUGCUCUUAGUUCCACUUUAUUAUCGGUUAGUCCAUUCCUUACGUUUCCCUUGCCCUACUUGGAAACCGAACAGGGUCGCAAGUGUCCAUUGCGUAUUUUAUUUCCCGCUGAAUUAUACUAUUCGAAACUAUGGUCGAAUGCAAAUUCAGCAAAUUACAAUUAUGAACGCUUGGAAAGUGCCGAAAUAAUUCCAACUGAUGUUGAACAAUUAGAACUGAAUCCAUCGCAUGAGUUCCUUAAACUAAAAAUAACCACACCCAUUGAUAAUCGUGAAAUACAAACUCUGCUGGCAGAGUUUAGAGCGUAUGGUGGAAAGUAUCCGAAAAGACCAAGAUUAUUCAAAUUCCUUAAAGGACGCAAAGAAGUUAAAAGUCAAAUGUCACAAAAAGUUCAAGAGGAAAACGUUUACAAGGAUGCAUUAGAUAUCGAAAACCACCAACGAUUACCAGUAUUAUUUUGUAGUUUCUUUUUCAAUCCAAAAGGUGCAUCGUCGUUUUGUGCCCCACCAACACUAUUGGAUAUGAAAUUCUAUGGCCAGCAAGAUAUCAUGUUGGGCCAGUUCUUACAACGUUAUUGCUGUCGUCUAUCGUCGAUAUGCACACGAUGCAACCUACCGAUGCUGGGUCAUACCAGACGUUACGUACACUCAAUGGGCUGUGUUAAAGUGUUCUUAAGCGAAGACAAUACCAAGUCAGAUCUAAAUAGUAUAUAUUUUACAGCCUGGUGUAGUAUAUGUAAUGAGGUUACACCCAGCGUUCCACUUUCGGAAACUACAAAAUGUCUGUCGUUGGCUAAAUACUUGGAAUUGCGUUUCCAUGGUCAUGCCUAUAGGAAACGAUCGGUAGCGGAUGAAAGCGGUUUAGGGGCUAAAACCAAAUGCCAGCAUUCUUUGCAUCGUGAUUAUGUCCAUCAGUUCAGUUAUCGUGGCGUGGCAGCUAAAUUUCAAUAUACUCCCUUGGAGACUUGGGAAAUUGCUUUGCCAUUACUCACCUUGAAUUUACAUCCACCCAAGGCAUUUAGUCGUUUUGAAGUUUUGGAAGAAGUUAAAAACUUUUCUAUGAAAGGCCAUGAAGUUUAUACACGUAUACACGAACGCAUAGCCGAUUUGGCUACAGAAGAUGAAAACUCACCUUUAGUAUCUAGUUUAAAAACGAUUUUAAGUAAAGAUCAAUUCAUUUUCAAACAGCACGUGGAAAUAAUACAAACUUUAUUAACGGAAAAUAAGGCCAGUCCCUAUGACAUAAACGAUGCAUUAUUAAUGUCCAAAAGGGUCUUGGCCGAAAGUAUAGAGCAAUGGGGACCACGUCUACACGAAAUGGCAGUAGCUCAAAAGUUGGCAGCUAAACAAGGACAUGAUUCAGGACACCAUCAGGCUGUAGAUGCUGGUAUGAUUUGUACCGAAGAUCUGCGUUCAGAACAUUCCGAUAUUUCGCCAACUGCAACACAAACUCCGGAUACCCCACGUCUUUUAGGAAAUGAAGAUACGCUAGAUACUACUUCCAAUACGAAUGAAACACCAACUAGUGCUACAGACAAGAGUUCAACAGAUUCGCAUUUUGUUAUGCCCUCAGUAGCGACAACAACAGUACCUCCUUCGUCCGAUAAGAAAACGAUCAAAAAAAUGCUUACCCAAUUAUUACCCUCAACAGGUCCGGUUAAUCUUUUACAAUCGCCUUUUAGUAAUUUAGAACAUUAUACUCUACCAUUGGGCGCAUUCCCAAUGGUGGUACAUGAUCAUGAUUUCAGUUCCAUAAUUGCUUAUUGUUUGACUUCUCAGGAAUACAAACGGAUAUUGAGUGUUUUAGCUAAUCAACAGAAUGCGGCUGAUACCACGUCGAUUUCUAGCAACUCGGGAGUUAAUGUCAAUCCGAGUCCUCAUGUUAAAAGGAAAUCACAAGAAAGUAGCAACGAUGCCGAUGACAAUGGCAAAGAAAAUAACACACCACCACCAUCCGCCACAACGAAUAACAAUCAAGAAGAAGAUCGCUCCAAAACAAAGACGAGCAAUUCUCAUAUAGAAAUAUCUUUCCAAGAUAACAAUACACAAUUUACAUGUAAAAUGUAUUUUGCCAAAGAAUUCGAUCAAAUGCGAGCACGAACAAUAAAAGCUCCCAAGUUGGAUAAAUCAUUGUACCGAGAAAUCGAACAGAGUAAAAAGCGAGAAGAACUUAAGGUAUCCCAAAGUAAAAAUGGACCCGAAAUAGAAUUAGUGCGUAAACCCAGCGAUGCUGGACAAAACAAUACAUUGGCCAGUGAUUAUAAAUGGGAAAACUAUAGUAGUAACAGCAACACAAGUAAUAAAGAUGACAAUUCUCGUGGACAAGUCGAUGCAACUGAAGAAUGUCGUUAUUAUUUUGCACGUUCUCUAUGCAGUAGUGUACAGUGGGAAGCCAAAGGUGGAAAAUCAGGAUCUCGUUUUUGCAAAACUUCCGAUGAUCGUUUCGUUUUGAAAGAAAUGACCAAAAGUGAUAUAAAUAGUUUUGAAAAUUUUGCGCCCAACUAUUUUGAUUACAUAAGCAAAUGUCAGCAACAAAAUCAACCUACCUUAUUGGCCAAAAUCUUUGGCGUUUUUAAAGUAACCAUAAAAAAGAAAGAUUCAUUUGUUGAAAAAUCUUUGCUGGUUAUGGAAAAUCUUUUUUAUGAAUGUGAUAUUAAAAAUAAAUUCGAUUUGAAAGGUUCGGAACGCAAUCGCUUGGUGGAUCCCAUGAAUCAACAACAAGGAGAUAUUGUUUUACUAGAUGAAAAUUUUGUACAAAUGUCUUGGCUGAAACCCCUAUAUAUUCUAACACACAGCAAAGUGGUUUUAAAAGAUGCCAUUAAUCGUGAUGCCUGUUUUUUGGAAAAGAAUCAGGUUAUGGAUUAUUCUUUACUGGUGGGCCUAGAUGAGAAGAACGGUGUUUUAGUAUUGGGUAUUAUUGAUUACAUUCGUACAUUUACCUUCGAUAAGAAAGUUGAAUCUUUUGUUAAACAAACGGGUAUAUUGGGUGGCAUGGGUAAAUUGCCCACAAUUAUACCACCAGAACGUUAUAGAUUACGUUUUGCCGAUGCUAUGGAUCGUUAUUUCUAUACAGUGCCCGAUCGUUGGGAAGGUCUAUCGAAAAUUUGACAUUUAAAUCUUUAUUAAAGUAAAAUUCUAUUACACUAUAUCAAUAUGGUAUUAAAAUGGAAAAUACUUAAAAAAUAUUUAGAAGUUGUACUUGAGUUUGUGAAAACCAAAUUUUGAUUUAAUAAUUAACUAUAAUUAUUUAUAAUUUUUAUGUUUUGAAAAUAAAAAACUGUUUACAGAUAUUGUCAGUGUUUUAAAAUUGCAACAAAUAAAACAAAACUAGCACUUUGUUAUAUACUAUA